AUGGAUUCAUCUGAAACUGCUCAACAUAUCUCUCAUCCCAUCACUGUUAUCUUCGAUGGCUCAAACUAUGAUUUAUGGUCCCAAGAGAUGUGCAGUUUUCUCAAGGGACGCCUUCUAUGGCGAUAUGUGACUGGUGAGAUUCCCAAACCUGCUAAAAUUUCUGAUGAAACAGAAGAUAAAUUUGCUGAACGGAUAGAAAAAUGGGACGGGAAAAAUCAUCAAAUAUUGACCAGGUUUCACAAUACUUGUAUUGCAAGCAUCAAGUUGGAAUUUCGCAGAUAUGACUCUUCUAAAGAGUGUGAACCUGAAUGGGAUAGUACUUCUGUAGCUACUACUUAUUCCAAGCUCCGCAAUCGCCAACGUGUUUGGCAUCUUCUUAUGACUCUCAGGGAUGAGUAUGAACCUAUUAGUAGUACUCUACUUUAUCAUAGCCCAUUGCCUUCUCUUGAUGUUGUGAUCAACGAUUUGCUCUCUGAAGAAACUCACUUAAAAACACUUCGAGAUGAGCGAUCCUUAUUAUCUACUGAUGUUGUUCUUGCUACUCCGGGUACGUCUGCUACUUCUUCAACUAAAUCUCCAAAACGGACUUUCUACAAUUAUUGCAAGAAGACUGGUCACACUAUUUCUGAGUGCCGCCGCUUGCAAGCCAAAAAGACGUCUGGACAGAAGUCCUCAUCCAUGGGUUCUCUGGCUUCGAGUUCUACUGCAGCUGCUGCCACAGAGAAUACUUCUGAUAACACCUCUCCAAAAUUUUCUCUUAGAGAACUUCAAGCUCUUCUUUACCAGCUCCAACAUGAUUCUGGUAUACCUUCUAAAUCAGUCUUGUUCGUCACUCCAGGCACUGUUUCAACAUCUUGUUUGUCACUUCCUAACACCUUUUUGGUACCUCAAUUAUCUCUAAAUCUUAUAUCUGUUGGACAAUUAUGUGAACUUGGUUUUGAAAUACAUUUCUCAAGUCGUGGUUGUACUGUGCAUGAUCCACAGACAGGGAAGAUCAUUGGGACAAACCGUAAGGUUGGGAGACUGUUUGAGUUAUCAUCUCUUCAAUUACCAUCUCUUGCUGCUGUUGUCACCUCUAGCUUUUCCACCAUGAUCAAAACUCAAUUUUCCUCUAUCAUCAAGAUUUUUCGCACUGAUAAUGCCAUGGAAUAUAAAGAUUCUGUCCUUAUCCAAUUUCUUUCACAAAAUGGAACUAUCAUUCAUAGAUCUUGUCCCGGUACCUCUCAACAAAAUGGGCGUGUAGAACGAAAACAUAAGCAUAUUCUUGAUAUUGUUCGAGCUCUUUUAAUCUCUUCCUCUUGUCCUGAACGUUUUUGGGGGGAAACAGCCCUCAUUGCUGUUUAUACCAUCAAUCGCAUCCCUUCUCCUGUUAUUGGUAACAUUUCUCCUUAUGAACGAUUGUAUGGCCAUUGCCUUGAUUACCAGUCUCUUCAUGUAUUUGGUUGUGCUUGUUUUGUUCUAUUACAACCUCAUGAACAUACUAAAUCGGAACCAAAAGCACGUCUAUGUUGUUUUCUCGGGUAUGGUAUUGAACAUAAAGGAUAUCGGUGUUGGGAUCCUCUUUCCCAACAACUUCGCAUAUCUCGUCAUGUUACCUUUUGGGAACACAAAAUAUUCUCCAGCCUCUCCCCAUUUCGAGUUACCACGACCUCUUCACAUUUUUUUACUGAUCCUACUAUCUCACUUUUUCCUGAUGAUUUACCUGCAGGUCCGACUACUUCUUCAUCUAAUAGCUCUAACAGUACUGCACAACAUGCAACCUCUCCUGAUGCAUCUACCUUGGCUAUGGAUCCUCCAUCUCUGCCUUCUUCUGAGCCCUUGAUUCCUCCUGAUGAAUUCGACCCUGCUCAUUCUGAUGUUUCACUCUGUCACUCUGGUAGGGUCACUAAACCUUCCAUUCUUCUUUGUGAUUUUCAUUGUUAUUCUACCAUUGUAUCUUUAUAUGAGCCUUGUACCUAUCGUGAGGCUAGUACUAACCCUCUAUGGCAGAAAGCAAUGACAGAAGAAAUUUAA